CCCCAGGGCCUAGUGGCCUGCGUUUGGAGAAGGGCUAACAAACAGCAGACGAGCAAUCUGCAGAUGAGCCCACACUACCCUCCACUACGACCGCCGACGGAGCGUUGGGAGACAGCAGCAGCAGCGCCUGCGCGCUAGCAAGUAGUGGUGGACUAGGUGGAGGUUUGCUUCCUGCCCUCCUGUCGCAGUUCGGAAUUUGCAGUGCGCCUGCGCGUUGGUGGAGGGGAGGAGGGCGGUGUCCGGCCCUGUGUUUUGAACGUCUCGAUGCGGAUAGCUCACUAUUUGGCAGGAAGGUGAGGAGUCCUCUAUCAUGGCGGUAGAGCUCGUGUACGGAGAGUAGGAUCCAAAUGUGGCAGAGGCGAACAGGAGGCAGCAGUGGUGACGGCGGAGUGGGACAAACGAGACAAGGGGAGCAGCUGUCCUUACUGCUGCCGCAGAGAAUCUGAGUAGCCUAGUGAGACAGGAGGAUUGGUGCGAUUGCAGCGCUAACGCUUCUACGCCGUUCUCCUGGCACUCCCAGGCGCCCAUCCCCCCCAGCAGCCUCAGAGGUCCGCCCGGAAAUCGCGGGAGGCGGGUGAGAGUGGGGGCCCUUGGGCUCGUGUUGCUGUUUCCGUCUUCCUUUUUCACGUAGCGCCCUGGCUCCUUGGCACCCCUCACUUUUCUGGGCUCCAGGGGACUGCUGCCUUCUUUUGGCACUGUCCUUCUCGCUAUCUACCUUCUUCCUACCCCCGCCCCACUGUCUCUUGCUGGAGGGGAGGGGUCGCAGCUGCGUAUCCCCCCUUCCUCUCUGUGGAGCUAUUGUACUGUGGGUUGGGGCCCGCCGAGGGGCUCCCAGCAGAAAAAGCUCUCUGUCGAUAGUGCACGUUGGGGGAGGUAAGUCUCUGUCCUGUCAUCCGUUCGCCCCCGCCCUCCCUCUCCGAGAAAAUAGGGUGGAGCGGAUAUGAAGGUGGUGGCAGGGUUUGGCCGCGCUGCAGUAGCCAAAUGCUGGAGCUGGGAGAGCUGCUAACGCGCCGAGCUGGCAGCGCUGGGGUUGCACACGCCAUUGCUGCUGUCUGGGACACCCAGAUUUUCUGUCUGCGAUCAAUUUGCCCUUGUGAUGACAAUGGCACAAAAGGAAGUUGUUUGUUGUUCUUAAAAAGGAGCGCUUUUUCUUAGAAAAGACCGCCACGUCACCUGCCAGGGAGGAAGGGUCUGGAGUGCGCAUUUCCCCCUCUGAACAUCCCGUAAGGUGAGUGUUUUUUAAACGUCUAACCUGUAUGGUUCAUUAUAAAGGGGAAUCAAAACCUUUUUUUUUUUUUUUUCAUUGUUGUUUAGGCAGAGGGUGCGUUUUUCAACUGUCACACGUCAAGAACUUAUGGCGGAGGUGGAAAAGUAUAAAAGACGUUACCACAUCCUCGUCUGUGCGUUCCUGACGGUUGUUUUCUUUGCCAUUCUAUUUGUAUUCUUAAUCAGACUACAUUGUUAUAUGAAUUGUUAAUAGUUAAUUAUUCCCAGAUUCCUGUUUGCUAUUAAAUUGUUAUUGUGUUAACUAUAUAAUCUGUAUUGUCGACUGUACAUUUCGGCGUACUACUCGAAUUUGUUUAACGCCAUUGGAUGAAAUCAUAGUAGCAAAUUGCAUGUUAGUUAUAACGUGUUGAAUUAAUCUUAUAAAACAUGGAACAGCACAUGGCAAAAACAAUAAGGUGGCUAAUCCACAUAACAAAUAAAAUAGGAUUCGUUUUACCCAGGGGCUCCCGAGAAGCCAGGAAAACAGGUCAAUAUUCCAGUCUUUCCAAGUUCGGAUGGGAACAUGGGCUAACUUCCCUAUCUCUGAUGUGAUUUGUUUAACUACCUCACCAUUGCCAUCAAUUUUCAAACAACAAUUGGAAACAUUUAAUUUACCACAAACACCUCCUUCUUCGGCUAGCAGAAUGAUAUAAUUGAAAGUGCUUCUCCUAUUUUUGAGGAAGAACAAAUUGGUGAUUGGACGGUGGAUUAAUAAGUAGCUGUUGUAUUACGAGAGUAAGAAGAUAUUUUGGGAGGAACUGAAUUUUCACCCUAGUCUAGCAGCUUUGCUGCUCACUUAAACACAGAUGAAUGAAGACUCCAUUUGGAAAAUCGCCAGGUCAGCGGUCCAGAGCUGAUGCAGGUCCCUUGACCAUACUUGGGUUUAUGACAGAACCAGCUUUCAGAAGGAUUUGGACUAUUUUCUCCCCUUCCUCAAAACCAACUUCUGCUGUAUUGCCCCAUAUGAUGAUGUCAUCAAUGUAUUGCAGGUGUUCCAGUGCUUCACCCUGUUCCAGUGCAGCUUGGAUCAGUCCAUGGCAGAUGGUCAUGCAGGAGUCUCUGCGAGCAUGAUGAAGAAAAGAACUUCCCACAAAAAGCAUAGAAACAAUGUUGGACCAAGCAAACCUAUUUCUCAGCCACGAAGAAACAUUGUAGGCUGCAGAAUACAGCAUGGCUGGAAAGAAGGGAGUGGACCUGUAACACAAUGGAAGGGCACAGUUCUUGAUCAAGUUCCUGUAAAUCCCUCCCUCUAUCUUAUAAAGUAUGAUGGAUUUGAUUGCGUGUAUGGACUAGAACUGCACAAAGACGAAAGAGUUUCAGCACUUGAAGUCCUUCCAGACAGAGUUGCUUCAUCUCGAAUUAGUGAUGCCCACUUGGCAGAUACAAUGAUUGGCAAAGCUGUGGAACAUAUGUUUGAGACAGAGGAUGGCUCAAAAGAUGAAUGGAGGGGGAUGGUCUUGGCUCGAGCUCCUAUUAUGAACACAUGGUUUUACAUUACCUAUGAGAAAGAUCCUGUCUUGUACAUGUACCAACUCUUAGAUGACUAUAAAGAAGGUGACCUUCGCAUUAUGCCUGAUUCCAAUGAUUCACCUCCUGCAGAACGGGAACCAGGUGAAGUUGUGGACAGCCUGGUAGGCAAACAAGUGGAAUAUGCCAAAGAAGAUGGCUCAAAACGGACUGGCAUGGUCAUUCAUCAAGUUGAAGCCAAACCAUCUGUCUAUUUCAUCAAGUUUGAUGAUGAUUUCCAUAUUUAUGUCUACGAUUUGGUGAAGACAUCCUAGACAUCAUCAUGAACUUCUGCCAAAUUUGUGGAACUAUUAAAUGUAAAAUUUGUAGACACAAAGACUUGACUGUUUUUCAGUUAAAUGAAAGCUUACAUGUCCCUGCGAACCCACAAUCUCUGCCAGCAAAACUGUUUUGUUCUGAAUAAUACAAAUUUAUGUGAACAUGACACAUUUUGCAUAAGAGAACUCCUUUUCUUGAAGGAAGUUGAUAUAUUUGGGUUGGGAGGAAGUUAAAAACAAAGAACAGCUGCAAAUUCAAGAUGUGUGAAGUCAAUUUAGUAUUAUAAUCUAGAUUUUUUCAUAGAUUUUAACUUUUUCUUCAACCUUGCACUCACCUGUUCAACUGCUACAUGCAAGUGUAGUUUGCUAUUUUCAAUAUGCCUUCUUUUGUAACAUUAAAUUUAAUUUCUUGGCUACUGGCAGUCCUUGUUUUCUGGGCUGGGACAGAAGUGACUCUUCUGAGAACUUUUAAACAGUUUGUGCAGCAGUAAGGAAUGCCUAACCCAAGUAACAUCAAUAUACUGUGUUUCUACACUUUAUUUCAAAUUAAGCUUUUUAAGAACUUAUAUGGAAAUACUUGUGCAUUUUUACUAGUCACAGGGCAGUAGGAUAUCAAGUGUUUGAUUUGCACCUUUAAGUGAAAAGGCUUUAAACUACAAAAAUAUAUUUAAUCUUUAUAACCAGUUAACUAGAAAAUGCAGGUUAAGGGCCUGUGUUUACAAGUUGUAGGAACCAGUAAAAUACACACAACAAAGCUGCCUUUAAUCCUAAAUGUUGUACUCUGUUUUGUUAUACACAUUUCUUAGCAGAACCCAAGUGCUUGGUGCCACAAGUUUAACAGUAUAUAUGCUACUUAAGAAGACUUUAGACUACACAUUGGCAAUGGUAGUCUCUCAUUUAAUAUCAGAACCUAGCAACCUGGAUGUUUGUGUGUGGACUUAGAAACCUAACAGUAGUUAAUCUUUUACACGGUAAAUACAAUCUUAUGGGAGUGGAGGGUCCUUUUACACUGAACACCUCCUUUAGAGAAGAAGCAUUUGUUGCCUUCUGCUCAGUCUGCUGUAUUCCUUUGUUUUGUUUUGGGUUUUGCUAUUGGUUUUAAUCAUUUUUGUUCAAGAAGGCACCUUCUCAACAUAUUCUUUUUCUGGCUUUUCCAUGUAAGGAGUGUCCAGACAAAUCUACAGUUUAAACCUGUUGCCUUUUGUGGUAUACUUGCUUUGAGGUAUGCUGUUAACAUGAAUUUCAUUCUAUGAACACUAGAGUUCUGCAUGCCAGUGGUGUACUAUCUAAUGGGAGCUAUAGACAGUCUCAGUGGUUCAGUCAUCUGCAUUAGAUUGUGGAUGUAAAUAGCAGCCCGCAACAGCAGAAUCCUUUAACAGUUUUAAUCUUGCAAAAUAGUUGUAAAUCAAGAUUAGGGUAUUUGUUACUUUUUAAGUGUAGCAACUUUUAAAAGUAUCACAAUUGUAACAAGGAUCAGCACAGCAACAAAAUUCAAAAUUUUCAUGUUAAAACAGAGCUCUACAAUCUUCAAAGCACUGCUUCACAGAAAUACAGUAUGUGAAGAAUGUGAAUACAGUCAACACUAUUGAUGGAAAGAAGGAAUACAUAGAUAUCCAACCUUAUGCUGUUAGUGGAAGGAUGCAGGAGAGGUACUGUUAAUAAGAGAUCAGAGGUCUGACCUCUAUUGUGGGUAUUCUUGAUAUCAAAGACUCAGUGGUUUAAGUCCCUUUCUGUCCAUUUUUUUGGCCUGACUUAAUAUUUUAGCCUUAAGGCUUGUGCCUCAUUAUGCUGUUAAAUGGUAAUACUGUAUAAAUAUGGUAUCUUAAUUCUUUAUCCCUUGCUACUAUAUUGCAUUAUAUCCUGUAUUUCAUCAUGGGCAACCAAAGGCAGGCUAUUGUCUUUCAGUUCACAGCUUCUCAAUCCAGUCUUUAAGCACUAAGUACCUGAGUCAGUAAAUUUUCAUUGUCUUUUGAAUAAAGUGAGCAGAUUUGCAACACAGUGCUUCCAUCCUGCAGAUCUGUUAUGUGCUUUCUAUUGACUCUUAAGAGUCCUGCAUGUAAAUCUCAAAGCUGAGCCUGGCUCCAUGAGCCCAAGUUAAUAUUUGUGGCACAAGAAUGAGUGUAUUGAUUACACACAAAAUACAUUAAUAACUUAGUACAAUGAAUUUGGGGCUUUACAUCUAAGGAAUACAAGGUUUGUUUUAAAAUAUUUGAGGUUUAGGUCUACUGGAAUGCUUUUAGCAUUAGGCUUGCAUUUGUGGGUUUUAUGCAAGCCACUCUAAUAUACCACAUAUUUUGCUAAUUAGAAUAUAAUCUAUACACUGUCAAAUUUUAUGAUUGUUUUCAGAUGUCCCCAUUAUCUAUUGCAUGGGUUUUUUCUUUUCAUUUUUUUAAGGUUGGGGGGGAGUGCUUUAGGUUUUGUGGUUGGUUUUUUUUAAUAGCCUAAACCACCUUUUUGAGACUUGAGACUAAUUCCACUCCCUGCCAUCUGCUUUGGGCUUUAUUUUAGGCUCAUGUUUCAGAUCUGCAUGCAGUGCUUGCAUUACCCUAGUAACUGCAUGUUGGUCCCUUGUUCUAGGGGUUCAACAUUACUUUCCAAAUUUAUUAUAGGUCUUGUGAUGGCACAAGUCAUGGAUCUUUGUAUAAAAGUUAUUGGCCUCUCUCAUUUAACUGCUGUAGUAUUGUAAUAUAUUGUGUGUGUGCAUGAUGUCAGGCUGCCAUGUAAAACUUUUAAAAAGGAAAAAAACCACAAAAACUUAAAUGCAGACCAUCCUUUUUUGCAUGCUUAGAAGGUUAGAACGUUUAAUGUAACAAACUAAAGUCGCAUGUUAUAAUGUUUAUGUUUGGGUUUUGUUCUGUUUUUAUUUUGUGUUCAGUUUUUUGUGAAUUUGCUUAUUGUGCUGUUUGAAUGGUUGUUAGUAGGAUUAAAUGCACUGGUGAGGCAAUCAUAGUGCCAACGGAAGGUAAUUUUCCAGUUGUACGUGUCAUACAGCAUUUGAAGGGACCAUGUAUUCUGUUUGAUAAUAAAUAAAAUCACAAUCGAUAAGUAAAACACUACAUUUUUUUCUUUUGAGUGCCAAACCCUAAACUAAGUUGGACUACAUAAAGACUGAAAUACUUUGGGGAAAAUCCUAUUUAUUGCAAUAGGUAUAAGCCUUCUUUAAAUGAAUUAUUUAAAAAUGGAGGCUUUAUCUUCAAAUAGAAUAGAUUACAGUUGAUUCAGGGAAAAAGAAUUAUGGUAAAAGCAGUUUCUGGUUCCUUGGAAAUGCUGUGCUUUUUGUAUUUUACAUCAUUAGUGCAAUUUGGAUGGUUCUUUGUAUGUGUAUAGUUCAAAGGUCUUCGUGUUCACAUUUUAAAAUUAGGCAAUGGCUUCAUCUUUAGAGCUCAGUUUCAUUAUUUUUAUUUUAUUUCUCUGCAUUUAGAAGUAUGAAUACUUUAAAUCUGUUACUUAAUUCUGUAAGUAAUUUUUAUAAUUAUGUAACUCUAUCCUUAAAACAUUUAAAAUAAAUCCUUUAUGUGCAA